UCCCUUACUUGGCAGCGGAGAGGAAGGGGAGGUGGAGAGAGAGGCAAGCCUCCGUAACCUUGGCAACGCAGAGAGUGGAAGCUACAAUCCCCACCCUGCUUAGGAUGCUGGAGAGGAAUUUGUUUUCCGCUUUGAGAAAAGCCAGCCGCGAAUUAGGUGGCUGCAGCUGAGGGCUGGCCUUGCUGCUGGAUCGAGCGCCUUUGCCUUUCCCUUCCUGAAUGGGAGGGCCUCCGUUUCUCCAAGUGAGCUCCUCCGAUGACGUGCCUGGAGUCGGCUGCUAGCUGCAGUGUCACUGCAAUGGCUGAGGGGCGGCUGUUGGAUGCUCGCAGUGAGCUCAUUUUUCCCCAGGAGGAAGGCGAGCAUCCAGAGCAUCGCCCGGCAACUGCAACCUGCUGGUGAAACCCCUCUCUAGCUCUUUGCCUCAGUUAGGCUGGCCUGAGUCUCCACUUUCAGGGUGUGUACCUGGUGAGCAGCUUUUUUUAAAAAAACAAAACCUGUAUGGUCGAUUCCACCCCUCCUCCUCUUCCCUCCCUCCCUUGCUUUCACCCCCUCCUCCCAAAAAAUAAUAAUGCUGGACUAGACUUGACGAAUCAUGCUUGCAUCACAUCUGGUCCUAAGCCGUUUGGAGAACAGCGUAUAUAACCUGCAGGGAGAGAACGGACUUUUGGAUUGCUUGAUUUUUGCAGUUAGAAAAUGCUAAACCUCUUGCAAAAUGCAAGGUGAAUGGCAACCCCUCCCACUCCCCUCCCCGCGCAAAAAAAAAACCCCCAUGCUGCUUUAAACCUGCCUGCUAGGAACAACCUACAGGUUUUAGGCUGAAGUGCACUGCAAUACACGGAAUGGUGCUUCCUUCAGGUAAAGCAGACCAGCAAUGUGCCCAUCAUGAUGGAACUUGCCUGUAAGGAAGAACACAGGAGUCUAGAGAUUUCAGCUGGGGCAUGCAAUUAAACAGCACAGAAGGAAGCCGCAUCUCUCUGACCUAUUAAUGGAUCAUCAUGGCUGGAUAUAAUCUGACAUUCUGAAUGGCCUUUCCCGGCAUCCUUUAUGUUGCUAUGAAUUGAAGAGUGUUCCCUCUAUUAAAAAAAAAAACCCUGAAGUGUAAUUAGUGGCCAUGAGAAAGGAAUCCGGUCACAUGCUGGUGUUUUGCUGACAGCUUGUGCAGCAGAGGGAUUUUCUUCCCAUCAGAAGGCAAGAUGAAUAAGAAAAUGUCGUGGAGCAGAAUCAAGGAAUAGGCGAGAGCAGGAGGUCCUCUCUGCUUGGGAUUCUGCCCCUCUUGCCACGCCGUCUCACGAUGUCAAAGAAGGGUGCCAGCUUUCGAGCUAAAGGAGAAAGACCGGAUGCCUUAGCUGCUUUGCAAGCUGCUAAUGAAGAGCUCAGGGCAAAACUAACAGAUAUUCAAAUAGAACUCCAGCAAGAAAAGAGUAAGGUCAGCAAAUUGGAGAGGGAGAAAAAUCAGGAAGUGAAGCUGAUCAAAGAACACGAACAGCACAAAAACACAGUGACUGUAACGGAGCUCAAGGCUAAACUUCAUGAAGAAAAAAUGAAGGAGCUCCAAGCUGUUCGCGAGGGACUUUUAAGACAGCAUGAAGCUGAGCUUCUUAGAGUCAUAAAAAUCAAAGAUAAUGAAAUUCAGAGACUUCAGGCCUUACUCAAUGUUGUCCGGGAUGGGACACCUGAUAAGGUUAAGACGAUGCUCUUCUGCGAAGCAAAGGAGGAGGCCAAGAAGGGAUUUGAGGGUGAGAAAACCAAAAUGCAACAGGAAAUUUUGGAGCUUAAGGGGGCUAAAAAACAAGUGGAAGAAGCUUUAUCUGUGGUCGUGCAAGCCGACAAAAUCAAAGCAGCAGAGAUACGGAGUGUGUAUCACCUUCACCAAGAAGAAAUUACCAGGAUAAAGAGAGAGUGUGAGAGGGAAAUUCGCAGAUUGAUGGAGGAGAUCAAAUUUAAAGACAGAGCAGUCUACGUGCUGGAAAGAGAGUUAGGGGUUCAAGCCGGGCAUGCUCAGAGACUUCAGCUCCAAAAGGAGGCUUUAGAUGAACAACUUUCCCAGCUCAGAGAAGCUGACCGGCAUCUGAGCAGCCCCAAGCGGGAACUUCCUCAUGCAAGUGGUGCAGGAGAGACUUCAGAUCAUUCAGGAAGUCCUGAACAGCAGUUGGAUGAGAGGGACGCCCGGCGCUUCCAACUUAAAAUAGCCGAAUUAAGUGCAAUCAUCAGGAAACUGGAAGAUCGGAAUGCAUUACUAUCAGAGGAACGAAAUGAGCUUUUGAAGCGUCUGAGAGAAGCUGAGAGCCAGUAUAAACCACUGCUAGACAAAAAUAAACGCCUAAGUAGGAAAAAUGAGGAUUUGUCUCAUGCCUUACGUCGUAUGGAAAAUAAGCUAAAAUUUGUCACACAAGAAAAUUUAGAAAUGAGACAAAGGGUGAGAACAAUAAGGAGACCAAGCUCUUUAAACGACCUUGAUCAGAGUCAAGAUGAAAGAGAAGUCGAAUUUCUGAGGUUGCAAAUCAUAGAGCAGCAAAAUAUCAUAGAUGAACUUUCAAAGACACUAGAAACUGCUGGCUACGUGAAGAGCGUAAUAGAGCGGGAUAAGCUUCUAAGGUAUAGGAAACAAAAGAAGAAAUUCGCAAAAUUUCCCAAGAAGCCAGUGGUGGAGACAUUUUUCGGGUAUGAUGAAGAAGCUUCCCUUGAGUCUGAUGGCUCUUCUAUCUCAUAUCAAACUGACCGAACAGAUCAAACACCCUGCACACCGGAUGAUGACUUGGAAGAGGGCAUGGCCAAAGAAGAAACAGAACUGAGAUUCCGGCAGCUGACGAUGGAAUACCAGGCCUUACAGAGGGCAUAUGCUCUGCUGCAAGAGCAGGUUGGAGGAACGUUGGAUGCAGAACGAGAAGUUAAGACUCGUGAGCAGCUUCAAGCAGAAAUCCACAGAUCCCAGGCUCAGAUAGAUGACCUAGAAAAGGCACUUGCGGAGCAAGGACAGGAUAUGAAGUGGAUUGAAGAAAAGCAAGCAUUAUACCGAAGAAAUCAAGAGCUUGUAGAAAAGAUAAAACAGAUGGAGGUAGAAGAGGCUCGGUUAAAGCAUGAUGUUCAGGAUGCUAAAGAUCAAAACGAACUCUUGGAAUUUAGGAUAUUAGAACUGGAAGAGCGAGAGAGAAGAUCUCCAGCUAUCAAUUUCCAUCACAUUCCUUUUACUGAAGGGAAAAGCCCCCUCCAGGUCUACUGUGAGGCAGAAGGAGUAACAGACAUACUAGUAGCAGAGUUGAUGAAAAAAUUGGACAUUUUAGGGGAUAACGCCGUAAGUAACCUAACGAAUGACGAGCAAGUAGUUGUUAUACAAGCGCGGACUGUUUUGACACUGGCCGAAAAGUGGCUGCAGCAGAUAGAAGUAACAGAAUCAGCUCUACAGCAGAAGAUGAUAGAUCUAGAAAAUGAAAAGGAACUAUUUAGUAAACAAAAGGGAUAUUUGGAUGAUGAACUUGAUUACAGGAAGCAGUCCUUAGACCAAGCACAUAAGCACAUUUUAGAAUUGGAAGCCAUGCUUUACGAUGCCCUGCAGCAGGAAGCGGGAGCCAAAAUGUCUGAAAUCCUCUCGGAAGACGAAAGAGAGAAGCUGAAGAAUGCUGUGGAACAAUGGAAGCGUCAGGUGAUGAGUGAGCUCCGUGAAAGGGAUGCCCAGAUCCUCCGUGAACGAAUGGAGCACAUUCAGCAUGCGCAACAGAGAAUUAAAGAGCUAGAAGAAAGAAUUGAAGCUCAAAAAAGACAAAUAAAGGAAUUAGAAGAAAAGUUUUUAUUUUUGUUUUUAUUUUUCUCUUUAGCUUUCAUUCUUUGGUCAUAGUACGCCCGUGCAACGGCAAGAGCCCAGAGAGAAAUCUAGGAAAUCUGCCUCAUAUGGAACACUAUAACAAUGGUAGCCAGUGCUGGAAAGGAAAGAGACAUUGCCCUUUCAAGAAACUAGGCUGUGUACUGUAUUCGGACAUUAAAGACGGGAAAUCUGCUCUUUUUGACCAUUUUUAUAAGGAACAACUUGUGUGGAUUUUAUUUUGAAGUGAAGUCUGAUCUUCUGAUAAGUGUAACUGUAUAACUUUUUACAAACUAGUAUUAGAAUUGUCAAAGAAGAAAGCCAAAAAACAAACAAACCCCCAAUUGAUGAACAACUACUGGCUUCUCUCUAAGGGAAGCCUUGACUUUGCUGCUCAAAAACAACUUCAGCUUUACAUGAAAAGCAGUAAACUCAUUCAGAUGAAGUGGAUAUAUUUUGGUUCCCUGCUAAGCAGGCAGUAAACUGCUUCUGUAAAGAAGUGAACAUGUCCUGUUUUGUACUUCAAUCCUUUGUACUGUUAUUCAUAGUUGCUUAAAUACACGUCUUGAAGGAAGAUUCUCAAAGAACUCCAGGCUGGCAAAAAUAUGAAUGGCUGAAUGACAACAAAAACGGUACUGUAUUUCAAAGUGUUUUUUAACCAAUAGAAAUGGGGAACUACA